CGUAUCUAUUUCUAAAUGGUAACACGACAAGUCCUAGCUCCAAGAAGAAAUAAGUUUCAGUUGGAAUCGAAAGCACACACAGUAAUAGAUGAACAAAUCACUUAGCCACAGACUCUAAAUAUCCUGUCGUACACCGAAACGAAAAGAGCAACAAACAGCGUACACCGCGAUGGCCGAGCAAACGGUGUCCGAGAAUCUAACCAGGAAUGUCAUUCUAUUAAGAGCCGUAGCCACCCAACUUCAGGAAGGUUACCUCAGACCCAUGCAGAAGAUGAUAGAGAGAGAGGAGAAAGGAAAAAUAACGCUGGCGUUUAGAACGAGAUAUCACAAACUGAAAAUAAUAACUGAAGUUUGGUGUGAACUGACUGCCAAGUUGGGGUGCAUGAAAGAGGCAUUGCAAUGUACUCACGGUCUGGCCACGGCGUGUCUUUCCAAUGACAACGAAAUUGAAAUCGUCAACUUGUUGAACAGAAUAAAAAAGAGACUGGACAACAUGGCCGCCGUUUGGCUGAGUAAGGAUCAUGACACUCAGCCAAAUGUGACCUUUGACCUUUCACUGGAGGUCAAAAUCUCAUGGCUGCACGAAACUGUUGAAGACAUACUAGACACAACGUGUCGACUAAUGGAUGUUUUGGGCCACUUUCUUCUGUGCGCGACUCCCGUGAGGAAAACGGAAAUUUUGGAACUAAAACAGAAACUUCCGGUGAAAUAUAUACCAUCCGUUUUGGGAACUCUUCAGGAGAUUCGAGACGCUGACAUUCAUCACAAGAUACUGGCUUCGAAACAAAAUGAACUUUUCCGUAAUAUCUAA